GAUUGGGUUUUGCCAUGUUGGCUAGCCUAGUCUUGAACUCCUGACCUCCACCCACCUCGGCCUCCCAAAGUGUUGGGAUUACAGGCAUGAGCCAUGCCGCCUGGCCAACAAGUCCCCUUUCUUAACCUCUUUCUGCCUCAGUCGACUCACCUGGAAAACAGAGCACCUACCUCCUUCAAAUGAGAAGAGAAUUAAAGGAGUAUAAGGCCAUCAGAACAGUACCUGGCACAAGGGAGGCUAUGGAAGUGCUUGUUGAAUAAAAAAAAAAUGGCUUCAUCUCUGGCCUAGUCCCAAAGGUUUGGGUUCUUGCCAUUGCCACCCAGAGAGCCCUGGGUGGAGGCCCUGCUGACAUUGAAGAGUGCUUGCCCUCCUCCCCUCAAUGCGGUAGACACUUUCCAAAACUACGUCAUCCUCACUCCAGUGGGACAAUGGAAGUCUUGGUGUACCUCAUUCCCAAGAUGAGGGAACAGGCUCUGAGAGGACCACAUCUCCAGCAAGUGACACGCUGGGACCAAGGCCAGUCCUGUCUGCCUCCUAGACUAGGCGUGAGUGAGGACCGGCCUGAGUACGGCCCACCUGCUUCCUCCCCCGUUUAGAGCUUGGGCUGGAGCUGUCCUGGCCAGUGCUGUCUGCCUCACCAGGCUGCAUGAGCCACAAGCUGCCACUUCCUGGAGCUUGGUGGCCCUGCCCUCGACGGCCUUUCUGGUGGUCGUGAAGGCUCCAUGAAAGUUGUUAACACCUGCAUGGCAGUGAGGCCAACCUUCCCCACUUGAUCUGUUUCAGCUCUGGCUGCGCUACUGCAUCGUGUGCUUCUGUCCAAGAGGCAGAGAGACCGAAACUAUCUGCUGCCGCCUGGAUUCUCCCAGAGCUUGCCUGGAACACCAGCUCAGGUCCUCACGCGCCAUCCUGCGGGUGCAGCCCAGAACUGUCUUCUGAGGAAGAGGUGCUCUCCUGGGACCCCACUGUCCCCAGGCCUCAGCAAGGCAAGUGAGGUGCUGCUGUCAUCCAGGCUGGACAGUUCAGUGAUUUGCCUGAGGCUCCACAGCAGAGUUCAACUGGAGACAGAGAAACCAGCUAGAGGCAGAGGGAGGUAACACAGAGUCCCCCAGAAAGGUCUGGGCUGCACGUGCUUCAGGUAACCUCCCUUGACCUUCAGGAGAACGGGAAGGCUGCCUGAUCAGACAAUCUCUGAAGAAGAUUCUGUGGCUACAGGCUUCUGCAGAGUGUGAAGGAGACCCCGGUUAUUUCCUCAGCUGUUUUCACCAAAUCCUCCCGUCUUUCGUGGCCAACACCCCAGGCAAGGCUUGGGGCCCCCGUCUGCUGCUGGACGCAGAGCCAUGAAGAAGAAGUUAGUGGUGCUGGGCCUGCUGGCCGUGGUCCUGGUGCUGGUCAUUGUCGGCCUCUGUCUCUGGCUGCCCUCGGCCUCCGAGGAACCUGACAACCAUGUGUACACCAGGGCUGCCGUGGCUGCGGAUGCCAAGCAGUGCUCGGAGAUUGGGAGGGACGCACUGCGGGACGGUGGCUCUGCGGUGGACGCAGCCAUUGCAGCCCUGUUGUGUGUGGGGCUCAUGAAUGCUCACAGCAUGGGCAUCGGGGGUGGCCUCUUCCUCACCAUCUACAACAGCACCACGCGAAAAGCUGAGGUCAUCAACGCCCGCGAGGUGGCCCCCAGGCUGGCCUUUGCCAGCAUGUUCAACAGCUCGGAGCAGUCCCAGAAGGGGGGGCUGUCAGUGGCGGUGCCCGGGGAGAUCCGAGGCUAUGAGCUGGCACACCAGCGGCAUGGGCGGCUGCCCUGGGCUCGCCUCUUCCAGCCCAGCAUCCAGCUGGCCCGCCAGGGCUUCCCCGUGGGCAAGGGCUUGGCAGCAGCCCUGGAAAACAAGCGGAUCGUCAUUGAGCAGCAGCCUGUCUUGUGGUAUGUGUUCUGCCGGGAUGGAAAGGUGCUUCGGGAGGGGGAGAGACUGACCCUGCCGCGGCUGGCUGACACCUACGAGACGCUGGCCAUCGAGGGUGCCCAGGCCUUCUACAACGGCAGCCUCACGGCCCAGAUUGUGAAGGACAUCCAGGCGGCCGGGGGCAUUGUGACAGCUGAGGAUCUGAACAACUACCGUGCUGAGCUGGUCGAGCACCCGCUGAACAUCAGCCUGGGAGACGCGGUGCUGUACAUGCCCAGUGCGCCGCUCAGCGGGCCCGUGCUGGCCCUCAUCCUCAACAUCCUCAAAGGGUACAACUUCUCCCGGGCAAGCAUGGAGACCCCUGAGCAGAAGGGCCUGACGUACCACCGCAUCGUAGAGGCUUUCCGGUUUGCCUACGCCAAGAGGACCCUGCUUGGGGACCCCAAGUUUGUGGAUGUGACUGAGGUGGUCCGCAACAUGACCUCCGAGUUCUUCGCUGCCCAGCUCCGGGCCCAGAUCUCUGAUGACACCACUCACCCGAUCUCCUACUACAAGCCCGAGUUCUACACGCCGGAUGACGGGGGCACUGCUCACCUGUCUGUUGUCGCAGAGGACGGCAGUGCUGUGUCCGCCACCAGCACCAUCAACCUCUACUUUGGCUCCAAGGUCCGCUCCCCUGUCAGCGGGAUCCUGUUCAAUAAUGAAAUGGACGACUUCAGCUCUCCCAGCAUCACCAACGAGUUUGGGGUGCCCCCCUCACCUGCCAAUUUCAUCCAGCCAGGGAAGCAGCCGCUCUCGUCCAUGUGCCCGGCGAUCAUGGUGGGCCAGGACGGCCAGGUCCGGAUGGUGGUGGGAGCUGCUGGGGGCACACAGAUCACCACGGCCACUGCACUGGCCAUCAUCUACAACCUCUGGUUCGGCUAUGACGUGAAGCAGGCCGUGGAGGAGCCCCGGCUGCACAACCAGCUUCUGCCCAACGUCACGACAGUGGAGAGAAAUAUUGACCAGGCAGUGACUGCAGCCCUGGAGACUCGGCACCAUCACACCCAGAUCGCGUCCACCUUCAUCGCUGUGGUGCAAGCCAUCGUCCGCACGGCUGGUGGCUGGGCAGCUGCCUCGGACUCCAGGAAAGGCGGGGAGCCUGCCGGCUACUGAGUGCUGCAGGAGGACAAGGCUGACAAGCAAUCCAGGGUCAAGAUACUCACCAGGACCAGGAAGAGGACUUUGGGGGACGGGCUUUCCCUGUGAGCAGCAGAGCAGCACAAUAAAUGAGGGCACUGUGCCAGGCUCCAGGCGGCCUCCCUGGCCUGGCUCCCCACUC